CAAUCACCGCCAUUGGCACUCCUCCAGAAAGGAUCUCUCGAGAGAGACAACAAAAGAUCUGCAUGGUAACGAAACAAUGAGGAUAUAUCAGUCUACUAGAAGAAUACAAAGUGCAAGAUGGCUACUAGUAGCACUGCUGGUCCUCGCGCUUCCCUUGUCCAACGGAUGGCUGCUGCCCGUUCCUCGGCCCUCCAAGGGUAUCGCCCUUUGGUGCACAACCCCCUUGAUUUCUUCCAAUUUGGGUCCCGAUGAAAAUGUUUGGAAACAAGAAGGGGAACGAAUCAUCACCGAGGCAGCCGUUGGUGCAGGUGCUUCACCAGAAAUGUUGACUAUUGAAUGGAAAUCGGGUCGCGUGGUGGUGACGGUCGAUGCUCUUGCCUACAUUUCGGGAGAGGCUGAUUCCACACUGAUGGAAGACGAUGAUAUUAUCGACGAUGAUGACAUGAUUCUCGACGAGGAGGGAGACGACAUGAUUUUUGAAGAAGGAGAAGACGAGCUUAUUGAUGACAACCAACUACUAGACGAGGAAGAAGACUUUUUGUUCGAAGACGGUGAUUUGGAUUUGGAAGAAAUGGGAUUUGUGGAAGAGGAGGGUAGCUCCAGUGAGGGCGUGGACGUGGUCUCGAUUGCCAGGGCCAUCAAUGCUGCGUUUGAGGAGGAAGGAGAAGGAUCACUGGGAUUCAACGUUGCCGUUCAUCAUUCCAUUGAAGUGACAACCCCGGGGGCGACGGAUGAAUUGUCGGGCAUCAUGUUUGAAUCCUACAAGGGAUUUGAUGUCAUUCUGGAAUUCCAUGAUUCCAAAACGGGCAAAACAAAAAAGCUUGAAGGAAAACUCAUCGAACGAGACGACGAAGUGACACGCAUUAACGAACGUGGGCGAAUGCGCAAGUUUAAGAAUGAACUCGUGGAGAGUGUUCGGCUGCCAAAAGCCAAAUUUGAAAAGGGCGUUGGUGGCUCCAACAAGAAGAAAAAGGCGAAAAAGAAGAAAAGGAAAUAAUUGUUAUUCUCAUGGCUAGAUUGAGAGUACCCGAUCAUUGCUCCAAGGGCUCGUGGGUUCGUUUGACCAUUCUGCUGUGAAGUCAAUUCAAACCCAAUCUUUACAGCUUUACUAGGACGCAAUACGCAAGUAGUGUCUUGGCCUUCAUCAUGGUCGAAGUUGGAUCCUUCCUUCAAUCCACCC